AUGGCCAGCGGUAGGCCCGGAGAGAGCCGUUCAGCCGCUGGUCGCGAUGGAGAUUUGCUACACCUGGAGGACUCAACAAGCCCAUACCGCACCGGCCAGCGGCCUCCGGUUGACGAUGAACACAUGUUGCAACAGUACGAUAUCGAUGCCUCGGACCAGGCGCCUUCCCGGCCUUCGGUUUCCUACGAUGACUUCGUCGGCGGACACGCUCCACACGCUGCGGCGCAGCCAGCAGCAGCAGCAGAAGCAGCAGGAGCACAAUUCUCCUCUCAAGCUGGAACAAAUUUGAAUGGUCCGUACGCGGGGAUGUCGGGGACGGGGAACUACUCGCAAACUUCCGGGCUGAGCAACUACCACCGAUACUCUUUGGACGACUAUGAGGAUGGCCACGGCUACUACAAUAUGGGGGGAGAUGACGAUAACGAUCUACCCUCGCAUCGAGUUAUCAAACCCAACGACAGGAACAGUAUACUGGGACUGGGAGGCGGGCUGAUGGGCAAGGCAAAGCACAUGCUGGGCAUGGGCGCUGACUACUCGGAAAUGGACCUCCCGCUGACCGAAGCGGGAGUGCACAACAUGAGGGAGGACAGCGCCGAGGCGGAGGACAGCGCGGCGCCCAAGGAGCGCAAGAAGCUCAGUACGGGAGACUUCAAGUUCGGCUUUGGGCGGCGCAAGGUGGACCCCUCGACGCUGGGACCGCGUAUCAUCAUGCUCAACAACCCGCCCGCCAACGCGGUGCACAAGUUCGUGGACAACCAUGUUUCGACGGCCAAGUACAAUGUCAUCACGUUCCUCCCCAAGUUUCUCUACGAACAGUUCUCGAAAUAUGCCAACCUGUUCUUCCUGUUCACCGCCGUACUCCAGCAGGUCCCCAACGUCUCCCCAACCAACAAGUACACGACCAUUGGCCCUUUGUGCAUCGUGUUGAUGGUUUCAGCCAUCAAAGAGCUGGUGGAAGAUUACAAGCGGAGAAGCUCGGAUAAGGGUCUCAACUACUCCAAGACCCAGGUGCUCAAGGGAUCGACUUUUCGGGACACGAAAUGGAUUGAUGUGGCAGUGGGAGACAUUGUUCGUGUGGAGUCGGAACAGCCAUUCCCCGCGGACAUGGUGCUGCUGGCGAGUUCGGAACCUGAAGGUUUAUGCUACAUCGAAACGGCCAACUUGGAUGGCGAGACAAACCUGAAGAUCAAGCAAGCCAUCCCCGAGACCGCACAUCUGGUUAAUCCCAACGACCUUAGUCGGCUGAGUGGACGCAUCCGAUCCGAACAACCGAACAGCAGUCUUUACACCUACGAAGCAACGUUAACCAUGCAUGCAGGCGGAGGCGAGAAAGAACUCCCAUUAGCACCCGACCAGCUGCUUCUUCGUGGAGCUACUCUGCGAAACACGCCUUGGAUCCAUGGUAUUGUGGUCUUUACGGGCCAUGAGACGAAGCUGAUGAGAAACGCGACGGCGACGCCGAUCAAGAGAACGGCAGUUGAACGGAUGGUCAAUGUGCAGAUCUUGAUGCUGGUCACCAUCCUCAUCGCCCUGAGCGUGGUCAGUUCCGUUGGCGACUUGAUUAUCCGGCAAACCCAAGCCAAAAAGCUCUCUUACCUUGACUACGGUUCUUCCAACGCGGUCAAACAGUUUGUCCUCGACAUUUUCACGUACUGGGUGCUGUAUUCGAACCUUGUCCCCAUCUCUCUAUUUGUCACCAUUGAAAUCGUCAAAUACUGCCAAGCGUUCCUUAUCAACUCCGACCUCGACAUCUAUUAUGACAAAACUGAUACUCCAGCAACUUGCAGAACUUCUUCUCUCGUUGAAGAACUUGGGCAGAUCGAGUAUAUCUUUUCAGACAAAACCGGAACACUCACCUGCAACAUGAUGGAAUUCAAACAAUGCUCUAUCUCUGGCAUUCAGUAUGGCGAUGAUGUCCCGGAAGAACGUCGGGCAGCUGGCGAUGAUCCAGUUGAUGGUGGAAUCUUUGAUUUCAAGCAGCUCAAGCAGAAUUUGGCGUCUCACCCAUCGAGGGAUGUUAUCCACCAGUUUUUGACUCUGCUUGCAACCUGUCAUACUGUCAUCCCUGAACGGUCAGAUAGCUCCUCCGAUCAGAUCAAGUACCAGGCUGCGUCUCCGGACGAAGGGGCCCUGGUUGAGGGAGCCGCAGACUUGGGUUAUCGUUUCACAAACCGUAAACCCAGAUCUGUCAUCUUCAAUGCCGGCGGACAGGAAAUCGAAUAUGAAUUGCUAGCGGUCUGUGAAUUCAACUCGACCCGAAAGCGGAUGUCAACCAUCUUCAGGUGUCCUGAUGGCAAAAUCCGUAUCUACUGCAAGGGCGCCGAUACAGUCAUCUUGGAGCGCCUACACGCUGAUAAUCCCACCGUGGAGGCCACUCUCCAGCACUUGGAGGACUAUGCGUCGGAGGGUCUCCGAACACUUUGCCUAGCAAUGAGAGAAGUCCCAGAAGAGGAGUUCCAGCAAUGGUAUCAGAUCUACGAUAAGGCGGCCACCACUGUCAGCGGGAACCGCGCCGAGGAAUUGGACAAGGCAGCUGAAUUGAUUGAAAAGGACUUCUAUAUGCUUGGGGCGACUGCGAUUGAGGACAGGUUGCAAGAUGGCGUCCCCGACACAAUCCAUACGCUCCAGAGCGCAGGUAUCAAGAUUUGGGUCCUGACGGGUGAUCGACAGGAGACAGCCAUCAACAUUGGAAUGUCUUGCAAACUUAUCUCGGAAGAUAUGACUCUACUGAUUAUCAACGAGGAGAAUGCCCAGGCCACUCGCGAUAACUUGACGAAGAAGCUCCAGGCUGUCCAGAACCAGGCCCAUUCCUCUGAAGAGACGGAACCUCUGGCGCUGAUAAUCGACGGCAAGUCUCUGACGUUUGCACUCGAAAAGGACAUGGAGAAACUCUUUUUGGAUCUGGCCGUCCAGUGCAAGGCUGUUGUCUGCUGCCGUGUCUCUCCCCUCCAGAAGGCCUUGGUCGUGAAGCUUGUGAAGCGCCACUUAAAAUCCCUCCUUCUGGCUAUCGGCGAUGGCGCCAACGACGUUUCCAUGAUUCAGGCAGCUCAUGUGGGUGUCGGUAUCAGUGGUGUCGAGGGUCUCCAGGCAGCCAGGUCUGCCGACGUGUCCAUUGCUCAGUUCCGUUACUUGCGCAAGCUGCUUCUCGUUCAUGGCUCCUGGAGCUAUCAUCGCAUCAGUCGUGUGAUUCUGUAUUCUUUCUAUAAGAACAUUGCUCUCUAUAUGACUCAAUUCUGGUAUUCCUUUCAAAAUGCCUUCUCUGGUCAAGUCAUCUAUGAAUCAUGGACAUUAUCCUUCUAUAACGUCUUCUUUACUGUGCUUCCACCUCUGGCGAUGGGAAUCUGCGAUCAAUUCGUUUCCGCUCGGCUAUUAGAUCGGUAUCCUCAACUAUACCAACUUGGACAGAAAGGACUCUUCUUCAGAAGACAUAGCUUCUGGUCUUGGAUCGCCAAUGGCUUCUUCCAUUCACUGGUGCUUUAUGUCGCCUCCGAACUGUUUUUCCUGUGGGAUGGUCCUGAGGCGAGCGGCAUGGUUUCUGGACACUGGGUCUGGGGCGAGGUGCUCUACACCGCCGUGCUGGCUACUGUGCUCGGCAAGGCGGCGCUGAUCACCAACAUCUGGACCAAAUGGACCUUUAUCGCCAUCCCCGGGUCGAUGAUCUUCUGGUUGAUUUUCUUGCCUGCCUACGGAUACGCGGCGCCGGCCAUCGGGUUCUCCUUCGAGUACUAUGGCACGAUUCCGCACGUGUUCAAGUCGCCUGUGUUUUACCUCAUGGCUGUGGUCCUGCCGUGCUUUUGCUUACUGCGUGACUUUGCCUGGAAAUACGCCAAACGCAUGUACUACCCGCAGCCGUACCACCACGUGCAGGAGAUCCAGAAGUACAACGUGCAGGACUACCGGCCGCGCAUGGAGCAGUUCCAAAAGGCGAUCCGCAAGGUCCGCCAGGUCCAGCGUAUGCGCAAGCAGCGCGGGUACGCCUUCAGCCAGGCGGACGAGGGCGACCAGAUGCGCGUUGUCAACGCUUACGAUACCACGAGGAGCCGCGGAAGAUAUGGCGAAAUGACCAGCUCGAGGGUGCUAGUGUGA